GUGCUUUCGAGAGUCUGUGUUUGAGAAUCGAAACCACUGCAUUCUACUUUUAGUAAUGAAUGCCAAUUUCCAGGUCUUUCUAGAAAAUAAUGGUGCAUGUGGUUUUGUGUGUAUGAUUGAGUGUUAAAGAUUUCCAAUCAGAAUAUGCUUUAGAGAACUCUAUAUUAAAUUGAAAGACAUACGUAUAGCUAAUAUGUUCGGAUUAGUCGUGUCGGGAAGGCUUGUGCAGACAGAUUUCACGCCGGUGUCGGAGACUAGUUUAGUGACCACAAUACUGGAUGUGGACUCUAUAAAUCAUGCCGUAGUAUUUUUGACGGGAACGACGCCUUUGCCGCCGGGUACAGUUGCUAUCGUGUACUGGAGUUGGCCGGAUCCUAAUGCCCCACCAAAUUGGCAACCUUUAGGCCAUAUUUCCAAUGCGAAACCUUCUGCAAUUUUUAAAAUUCAUAAUUUAAAGAAACUACAUGAAUUGACCAAUGAGAAUAAAUUCAUGAAUGCAUUUGGUCAACAGCAAAUUUGUCACAAUGCUCAGAUUGGUAUAUCUAUAGAACCUGAAGUUAAUGCUCAAGUCCUUGAGCCACUAUUGACACAGCAGACAAAUACUUAUGUGACAUUUGCACAAAAGAUGUUGGAGAAUCUAGUAAACUAUGUGGCAUCAUUCUCUGUGACACAAGAACAGAUGACACCGACACCUGGAGUGUCUUACAUACCUCUGAACACACUGCACACUUGGUAUCAGAACUUCGAGAGGAGGUUACAGCAGAAUCCUAAUUUUUGGAAGAAUUAGAUUGUGUUGGACUUGAACUAUGGUGUAAGCAUAAUAAUGAGAGUGAAGUUGUGUGAUCCAGUAACAUGAAGUGGAUGUGAACCAGAAACUAUCAACUGCCAUGUCAAGACAUGGUGCAAUGUCAUCUUAAUUGGGCAUGUGACUUCCUCAGUGAAUGUUAUAUAACCCCUCAACUCAGACAUAUGUAGAAUUUAAAAUGGCGCAAUUGUGACGGCCACACACAUCUUGCAGGCACUUGAGUGCGUCCGGUUACAAUAUAAUAAAUUUUUCAGAAAUAUGAAGAGUAUAGGCAUGUAACUUGGUGUGUUCAUUAUGAAAUAAACUAUGUCAUUGUUUAAUAAUCUUAGAGAUAAAGACUUUGCUAUUUUAUCAAUCAUUAGCUAAAAUUGAAGCUUUUUUCCCGCUGGAUUACAUAACAAAACAUCGUUUAACUGAGGUAGCUCGCCCACCUGAAUACAUGAAAGAAUAUUUUAAAAAAUUGUAUGGCCCUGAGUCUGCUGUUGACAUUAAUGCUUUCCUUGUUUAUCCAAGAUUGUUUUGUUUCAUUCUUACAUCAUUGCGUUCACAAUUAAAAUAAAGAAAAAAUAAAUCUUAGACCAUAGCGGGUCGAGUAUAAUAUGUCUGGUGCGCAGUUAUCGCCAUUUUGCCACCAGAUUAUGUCUAGGUCCCAGUUGAGGGGUUAUAACACUUAAGGUGAAGCUGCCAUCUUACAGGAUAUAGUAAUGAUAAUUUUUUUUAGAAGUGCUAAACAUUGCUACAUAAUAUUAUUUUACAUAAGAUGCUGAAAAUUACAUUUUUGUGUUUACAGUUAUGUUUUUACACAACUAAGACUGUUUAUUGAAUAUAUUAAUUUUUUUUACAUAAAA